AAGCAUACAACAAACCAUCACCCUCCUGCUCAUUGUAACGCACAACCUUGAAGAUCAUUCUUCAACCCUUUUCCAGUCAGACAGGCCGGUGAUUUUGCAUUGAAUUUAAAAUGUCAUUUUCGAAUGAACUGAUGGCAUAUGCCAUACUUAUUGGAUUCGCCACCUACGUGAUCAUCUCCGCUGAUCCCGGAAGUUCGCCUUUCUCUUGGCACCCAACCUUCAUGGUUCUUGCUUGGGUUCUUUUGACUGUCGGGGUGAUUUUCUUCCGAAAACCUCGUCCUGGAUGGACAAGAAUUGGACUUCACUGGGCACUUCAGGCUUCCGGUUUAACUUUGGCUAUAUUCGGUUUUUUAGCAAUUUAUCGAAAUAAGGAAAGCUCUGGAAAACCUCAUUUCGUGUCGUGGCAUGGGCUAAUCGGAAUCAUUACUAUCACAUUUCUCGUGCUUACAGCAUUUGGAGGCAACUUUGCAAACUUUUCCGUUGCCAUUUCAAGGAAAGUUCCCUCGAUUCAGCCCAAGUUGGUCAAGCGGGGUCACCGUCUUUCAGGGGCCGUGUCCUUGACUGGGCUCACCCUGACCGUGUUCCUCGCCUUGUUCUCCGUCUGGUUCCAAGCCGUGACAAACGUUACUUUGUGGUACAUGCUGGCCACCGUGGUUGGCUAUCCGUUGGUUUACACUUUGAAGACUACUUUCUUCUAAAAAUAUUAAAAUUUGACUAUUGAUUGGCUCUCUAUAAUAUCUAGUAUUAUUAUUACUAGUGCUCGCCUUCAUGAUCAGACUUAUAUGCUAAUAGAAAAAUUUAAUCAGUGUUCACCGUUUUUAUAUAUUUCACAUGAGGUUGACCUAUCAAGACAAAUAAAUAAAUACUAUAAAAUCAAGCAAAAUGAA